GUUAAAGCCUGCCGCGUUCGUUUGCAAGACUCCACUCUAACUUUAAACUACCCCCUUCCACCACUCGCCACCCACCAACUGCAUGGGUGUGCACGGUCUUACCACAUAUCUGCGCGAACAGCAACGAAGUCUUGCGCAGACGUUAACGCUUCAGAAGGGGAGAGGGCCUUCUAUACCUCUUGUCGUUGACGGAUGGUCCUUCAUCUACGCAGUUCACGAACAGUCUCGAUUGCCAUGGGCUUUCGGUGGAGAGUACCAACAACUUGCUCACUGGGUAGCGAAAGUUGUUCGAGCAUGGAUUGAGGUUGGUUUCUCACUCCACUUCGUCUUUGAUGGUCCCUAUCCUCCCGCCAAAUUCCCUACAAAUAUCACGCGUGCAUCCGAAAAUGUUAUACAACCUUCCUUACUCUUUUUCAGGACAUCUCAGGCCUCUAGAGCCUCACCCAGAUUCCUACGCGAAAACGCCAUCAUACCGCCAAUUUGUUACGCUGUCUGUCUCGAGACCUUACGUUCUCUCCCAGUGGAGAUACACAUAGCAGAUACGGAGGGAGAUCCCUACGCCGUCGAGCUUGCAGGACGCCUUGGUGGCUACGUUACUGGACGGGACUCCGACUUCGUGAUUCUCACUACAGACGGAUACCGAGGUUACAUACCCCUCGACGAGAUGAUAUGGACCACAACCGAGACCGCCGCAGAGGAAGGGCCGGAAGAUGACGGUGGCUUUGUCGUUGCUCGUACUUCGAAAGCAAACAAGAAAGCCACCACAGGCUCUUUGCAGCGCGGUCAAGGCGUCAUUCCACCGGAUGGUACCACUGAUCUCACAUUGACCUGCUCAAUAUAUACACCCUUGAAACUCGCCACGCACCUAAAGCUACCCAUCACACUCCUUCCCCUUCUGGCCAGCCUUGUGGGAAACGACUUCACACCGGAUCGUCCGUCUAUGCAAUGGCAGUUCUUCGAACGUGACAUGACUGUUUCCCAGCGUAUAACACGGGUGGCGGCUGCACUACAUUCCAUCGUCUCCCAAGCCAGCGCAUCUCCACAGAAACGAAGAGUAAAGCGACCCAUCGCGAGUGUCAUAGACCUCAUCGAUCUAGCUAUCGAAGCCUUGUUACUUCGUCCUUCGGCAGGCGUUAUAGGAUCAGGGGAACGAGAGACAAUGGUGGAGAAGACAGUGGAGGCCGCGUUGCAAUACGCCAUACCGAAAACUCUCGAAGGUGUUGACUUGUGGCCGACCCCUGCCUGUGCUCUGCAUUUUCCCGAGCAAUGCCUCUUGGUAAACCACCUCUCACCACCUGUAACUUCCGCGAUGGAGGACGAGGAGAACGCUAUGCAGCGGAUCACACAACUCUAUGUCUCUGCUUACAGACAGGGCCGUUUCCAACCGAACCUCAUGAAUGUUUAUAACAGCGGAACAAUGUGGCCCAAACUUUUCCUUGAAGAUCCAGACAAGGAGCCCACCGCUCGCAGCAUUGGACGACCUCUCCGCGACUGGGCGUAUUCAAUCCUAGACGAUGGUAUUCCUUUGCCCGAGCCUCCUGUCGACGGAGAGCAGGAGCAAGUUUCGGAAGAAGGGCGGGACGUCGAUGAAGCAGAAAACGAAGACGACGAGGACGAGGACGAACUCAUUGAUGUGGUCGAAGAAGAUUCCGAGGGUGAAAGCAGUGAUCCUCUUGCACGUCUUCGUGGCGCUUUGGAAGAAUUACAUGUUCCAGAUUCAUCUUCCGAACCAUCGGCGGCGUCACAUCAUCGCCACCGCACAUCUUCCCGUCCGAAGGUCGUCACUGAACAUAUUCGUCGAGGGACCAAGCUAACUCCAGAAGACGUAUCUGUCCAGCUCCUGUCCACACUCCUCGCAUCUCUGAUGCCUGAUUUUAACGUCGACGAACAGCUUCCACUACAGCUACAACCCGAAGAAGAACGACUAUCCCUGUUCCUCCGAAUCCUAUCCUCAGACACCGCAUUAAUCCGAGCGCUCCCUCCCGCACAAUUGAUGGCCACAGUGGCGCUACGUUGGGUCGUACUCGUCUUAUACAAACGUGCUGAAGAGCACGGCUUUUCAAAGGACAAGGACAGGGAGAGAUGGGCGCCUACCGAGGUUGGCGCUUUCUUGACAUCCUUCACAUGGGCGGCCGCUACCUCCGCCGACGCGACUCCGACAAGCGACGUCGGUGCGAAUCCCGCCCUUACGCCACCGACGCUCGAGAACCGGAAUAUACAGCUUGUCGCCCAACUCUCAUCCGCUCUAGACGCCGUUGAAAUGCUAGCUCAGGCGCUUCUGCUCGGUGACCGAGUCAUCCAUCCAGCAUACGCAUUUUCUGGACAGCAUCUCCAUACAAUUCUGACGAGUCAACGGGGUCGGAUCUUCGACAAUAAAGAUAUGGACAAGGGAUUAUGGGAGACAUGUAUAGAGGGCCUACAGGAGGCGAUGAGUGAGGAGAGGGGAAAGUGGGGGAAAAAAGAGCGGAAGGCGAAGAAUGCUCAGAGUCACGGUGUAAGUGCCUCAUCUUCGUCGUCCGGUGCCAAGAAGGGCACAGCAACACAAGGGCAAGGUCUUUUUGGAAUGUUAGUUGACUUGGACGAGGACAAUGCCUCGGUUUGAAGAACUGUCCAGCUCCUGUAUGAAGUAUGCGAUGAUUCGGUGUAGCUCUUCCAGAGUGUAUCGCGUUCGAUUAUCUUUCACAACGUAUAGUGGUCGUGUAUCAUUCUAGGCCAAACAAGCUUUGUUCUUAUCUAUCUUCG